GAGAUCCCGCGGUCAAACCUGAGCAGGUUAGCCUGACCGAUGGGGACAAAGUUCAGGCCAGGGCUGGCACCAAACCACGGGGCCCUGCCUCCUCCACGAACAAAGCCUCAGCCUUUCACACCGAGAAGCAGGAUAAGUUGUCCGAGCCUUUGAACAAGCCCAAUGUGGUAGCACCCCUUACGCAGACAGUCAUGAGGGAAAAAUCCACGGAAGCGACCCUGAUAGAGGGUGUCCUUGACAUCCCAACCAUUUGCAAGGAAAAAGCGCGGUAUCACACCGUCAAUGGCUAUCGGGAACAAGUGCAGUAUCCUGCGGAGAAUGAAGGUACGUGUGACCAGUUGGUCGACAAAAACAAGGACUAUCACAUUUCAGAAGGAAAUGCAACAGAGGAGAUCCACCUCACACCAGUCAACGGUGAACAAGAGCGACCAUUUCUGUCCCAGAGCAGCGACAGCAACCGCAUGUCCAUUAGUUCGGACACAGAGCUUCCUCUGCUUCACUACUACCCAUCAGCAGGGUGUCCGAACCCCUCUAUUAGUGAGGAGGAUGAGGUAUACCCACCCACGCCCCCAUGCCGGACUGUCAGCCUCAGAAAUGCGGGGGACGCUUGUCAGUGGGCUGAAACCCGUAAGCCUAAAUUUGUGAAGGAUGACACAGGGAACUUAAAGGCAGUGGCGGUCAGCACGGAUGCUUCGGGACUGACAUAUGACUCGGUUAAGUACACCCUGGUGGUGGAUGAGCAUGCUAAGCUCGAGCUAGUGAGUAUCAAGGACUGCUACAAAGGUUACGAAAGUGACAGUGACAAUACCGUCUAUGAGUCUGCCAUCGAUGAGGACGAGGAGGAUCAGGAAGUGGACGAAGAGGAGGAAGAGUCGGGAGCGAGAAGCAUGAGGAGAGACACUUCCUGUUUGUCUGCGGAUUCCACCACAGACACCACCUCAGACAUGCCCCGUUCCCGCAAGUUCAUGAACGUCUUUGUGAAUGGACGGUCACGUUUCUCUGCUGCUGAGUUUGGAUUCUUCUCCUGUGUUAUUAAUGGAGAGGAAAGAGAACAGAGCCACAGAGCAGUGUUCAGGUAA